AGCCCUCCAAACACUUCACCGCGUUUUUCGUUUUUAUAUUUAUUUUUUUUUCAUCUCCUGUUUAACUGGUUCACGUGGCCAUGACCCGUCUCCCAAUGGGCGGCAUCCAAGCGAUAAAUCCAUCCCGGCGCAACUUUCUGCGGGAAAACCGGAUGAUGGUGAGCCAGGUGGCUCCAAGCUACCAGAUGCCCACUGCAGCCUCGUUGGCCAGGUGCUGCGGCCCAGUUAAGCAACUGUUGGCAGACGGAACGCGACCAAAACGUGUUCCCGAUCGACGGAAUCUCUCCGAGAAGCAGGUCCAAACGGAGGACAUCAACGACGAGCGGUUCCUUAGUGCCGCUUUGCUCAAAUGCUCGGAGAAGACCCAAUUCCAAUUGCAAUCCCACAGCGAAGGCGACGAGACGGUGAUCGGCAGGGGAAAUGAGUUGCUGGACGAAGGCCCUUGCCUGCGACGCACUGCGUCCAAUUUUGAGCUGGGCAGAGUGCCGGAGCAACGCGAUUGCUAUCGACCGGGGCAGUACACACUGCACCGGCCAUUAGCCACGUUGCUCGGCAUUGUGCCCGGCGGUUUGAAUUACCUGGACAGCGGCUGCUCCUCAAUCCGACAGCAGGAUGACGAGGUGUUUCAGUGCUGCCCAUCCUCCAGGCCGAGCUCUCCAAGAGUCCGUCAAAUGGACAUUCCGGAGGUGGUGGACGUGGAUCCGGAGGACAUGCUGAGUGUCCGUUCCCAGGCAUCCUGUGAACACCUGCCUGUCCUGGACGCCCAGAUCCAAGAGGAUGAGUUCCAGAAGCUGCCGGAUCCCCUGCCUGAGUCACAUAAAGAGCCGGAAUCCCAGCAUAUCCUGCUUUCCAGCGAUCAGCGCAGGGUACUUUUAGAUGCCGCUCGCGAGCGGCAAAACAAACUGAUUGCCGAGUACAACCGAUUGCCCCUUUCCAUGGGCACUUUGCGAGUUCGCAACCUCAAGCAAAAGCUGGAGCAGCAAUUGGACUUGGUGGACUACGAUCUUAACAUGCUUUCGCAGGCGAAAGUGUUCUUAAAACAGGAACCCGAGAGUGGAGUAAUUGCACAUUAAAAAUUGUAAACAAAAAUAAACGUUUA